ACAUAGUUUGAUUUUUGUGAUGCGGUCAGGAGUUUAUUUUAUUCACACUUAUUUUAUUCACACACACCUGUAGAUGUGACUAAACAGUCCGUGAUUCAUUUGACGCUUGAUCCGAGUAUGAAGAAUAAACACUGAAGUAAAGACACUCAGAAGCCUGUUUAUAAUGGGCAUCUUUUUCAUCUUCAGGAAAUGAUUCAUAUUUAAAACACAAUGCCUCCAGUGACCUCUCAGGAACUCCCUCUCAACAUCUAUGUGGUCAUCUUUGGCACUGGGAUCUUUGUCUUUGUUUUAAGCCUGAUAUUCUGCUGCUUCUUUAUAAGUAAACUGAGACAUCAAGCUCAGAAUGUGAGAGCUGGAUACAAGAUGGUUGUAUUUGAAAAUGAAACAACACGGUCACAUGCACAUGGGUUAACAUGUGCAGUCUGUUUGGAGGACUUCAGGACAGAAGAUGAGCUUGGAGUGUUACAAUGCCGACACGCCUUUCACGAGAGGUGUCUGGUGAAGUGGCUGGAAGUGAGAUGUUCAUGUCCCAUGUGCAACAACCCCAUCAGUGCUGCUCUGGGACUAACGGACAGCCAGGGACACCUGCUGGAUGAGCUGCUCUAAACCUCCUUUUCUGCCAAACUCUAACCUCAUUAAGGUUCACUUCGAAUGAAGUUCUCUGAUACCUUACCUAGUAAUCUGGUACAAUUCAGAGAAAAGACGUUUAUUUAAAAGCACUGUUAUUGCAAAGAAUCAUUUUUUUCAUCAUUUGUCAUCAGUCAUUCAGGUUUUUUUUUUGUAUGUCUGGUUUAAAAUGUUUGCAUAAUGUUUCCAUACAAUAUUGUGGGUUUCUUCUUUUUUUUGGUGUCCUGUGUUAGUAAGAUCAUUUUCAAGUAUUCACUUUAUGAAUUUAAAUUUAGUGGGACAGAAAACAAAUGCUUAAUUGAAAUCAAAUAUGACUUAACAUCACUGAUCUAUAAUAUCGUCAUAUAUAGAUCAGUGCUUAACAUGCAUAUUUCUGGGCCUAUGCAAGUUAUGGUAAUAAUAGGAUACAUAUUAACAUGCAUAUAAUUGUUGGAUUUUACAGACAUACAUUUUUACUUAAAGUCCAUUACUUUAGUAGGCUAU